UUUUGUCUCCGAAUAUUUCCCCUUCGUCGACAUCAACGUUUUCUUUUGAACAUUAGCUUUCACCAGAAGAGUUUUAACCACGAUCGCAGCGGUAGAAACCUGAAAUUAUGUCUUCGAACAGAAGAGCUUCGUUUCCAGUGAAUGUGCUUCGGCGGAGCCCUCGACGAAGAACGAAGACUCCAUCUGUUAAUGAACUCCCGAAGAAAUGUAGUGAGUAUAUGAGAAGUCUAUUUUUAUUGCGGUUGUAUGUUGUAGUUUCAUCUAAUGUAGUAAAUCUCAUGUUCAGAUUGCUUGCGGUCGACGCAAACUAUAGGGACGCUGCGUUGUGAAGUUCUAUUGUUGUGCCGUCUUCUCUUCUUCUUUGUUGGGAUCAAUUUAGGGUUAACGAAACCGUUGUUGAGUGGAGGCAUUUUGUCUUAUACUUCGACGAUGAUGGCUUUAAGUUACCUUGAAAUUGAUUUUUAUUACAUUGAAGACGUCUAUGGUCUCAACGACACUGCUACGACUUGCUAAAAUAGGUUCAUGUGGCUUUGAAUCACUGUUUGAAUGUCUAUAAUAAAGCUGGUUACACUGUCAGUUUUCCAAAUAAAAAUUCCUUUCUAUUACAAUGAUCUAUGAACUAAGUCGUUUGUAGAGUGGUACAGCCUCUUUGAUCUGACCUUGCAUGGUUAGUAGUAGCAAAAUAAGACACAAAAUUCAGGACAGGUUUUUAGACAUCAGUAAACAUUCCAGCCUCCAUCAUUUUGAACUUCUUAUUACAAGGAAAAAACAAGAAAUUUCAAAGAAUUCCAGCAAAAGUCAUUUGAACCAAUAAGAACUAGACUAAAACAUUAAAAGAUUAAAAUAAUAGCAUCUCAGUGAAUCAAAAACUGCAUUCCUAUGAGUGUAAUUUCACAAAUUGUUUACACUGUCUGCUGUCUUAUUGUGAAAAAAAUAGAAUUUAUUAGUAUUUACCAGAGUAUGACUAUUUACCAAAUCAGCGAAUAGCAAUUUUUGUGCAUUUUGAUUGGCUCCCGUUACUCGGCAUAUCCUUGCCUAUUCACUGUUUUGUGUCCAGUGCCAAGAUGGCGUCUCAUUUCAAGACAUAUUUGGAAGACAAAAUUUGAGCGAUAAAUGAAGCAGUCGUACAAAUAAAUACCAAGAAGCGACGAACUCUGGCUUGUCUGUGUUUACUGGUAGGUAGAAAAUUAUUUUCAGGCUGAAUUUGCAAAAAAAUCGUAAAAAUGCACUUGAUAAAAUCCCCGAAAUGUUUGUAAAUUGUAAACAAAGUUUCUAUUACGUGAUGUUUUUAGGUGACAAAAAAGUUUGUUUUUUGGUUUUUAUCCAACUGAUUCAGUAAAUACGAAAACAACUAUCUCCCUCAGGGUUGGUGAACAGCGCUAUAUACAGUGGAACCUCGCCUUACGACGACCCCGUUUAUAAGACCACCUCGUUAUUACGGCCAUAUUCUUUCAAACCAAACGUAAAAACCAUUGAGUCAUUUUAUUAUUUUGAAGACCCUGUUAAUGCGACCACCUCGUUAUUACGACCAGGAUUUUAUGGCCCAACGGUGGUCGCAUUAACAGGGUUCCACUGUAUAUACCUUGAUGCUUCGCGUCUUGGUAUAAAUUAUAUCCACCACUAUUCACCUCCCCUUCGGGGGAUAGUUGUAUAUUAUUUUCUUACUAAUGUGUGUAGCUAGAAAUUCAUGUACAGAAUUUUAUUUUGUUUUAUAUGAUUAGCCUAACCACAUGAAGCCAGUUAUUGUGGGCCCAUAUCAGUCCCUUCCCCCAUAAAAGUUAGAGCACACUUUUAAGGUCUAUGUCCCCUACCCUUUUCAAUACAGUGUUGUAGGUUCUGAUACCCCUUGGAAAGGAAAAGAAAGGGAGAGGGAAACAAGGCUAACAGCUUAGCACUGGUUAUGAUUUACAGUGUUCACUCCAUACUGCAAUUUUGCAUCAUUGACACAGUAAAUUACAGUAUAUCCUGACACAGAAUGAAAUUAUAGUUGUGUCAUACCAUCAAUAGAAACUAAAGAAAACAAGUUUAUGAGCCACACAGUAGUGGGCAUUUGGCAGUAAAUAACGUAAAAACAUGUGAUUUCCAGUACUUUUUGUGUCAGGCAUUCCAUGCAAUUCUGAGAAAGACUGGAAGCUGCACAUUUUGCAUGUAUUGCAUUGGCCAUCAAUGUUUUUCUUAGUUCAUUUGUUCUUCUUUGUAAGAAGGAGCGAAGAAGAAUGAUAAGAGGCAGGAGAGAAAGUUUGGAUGAUGUCAGUUUCCAAAGUUUUUUUAGAUGUAAGAGCAUAGUUAGAUCUGGACAAGUCUUAAUAUGACCCAAUUUAAAUUAGCAUAAGGGACAGUACAUAAUGACCCACUUUUACAAAUUUCUAAAUUGAACUCUGGAUUGAUUGGUUUUGUCAACAGACCUCAGCUACUAAAGUUGCACCAUAAUACUGGAUCUCUUGUUUUCUCUUUUUAAGAAAUAAGUCCUAGAGGGAAACGAAAACUGGAGUUUCAGCACGAGAAGCCACUGAAAGGACGAACAUAUUACUUGGAUCUUCCAGGCUACAGGAAACUCAACAGUUUACAAACAAGAGUCAAGGAGUUAGGAGGGGUAAGAUAUGAGGACGUCUCUUUCCUUUACACCUACAGACGACGUCAGUCUCUAUAACUUCAUGUGUUCCCUACCUCUAUACAGCAGGGCUUACACAACGUGUGGUUCCAAAAAUUAUCCUUACCUCCCCCACGGAAGGGAUUUUUCCCUAGACCCCACCUUACCUCUCUGGAAAUUCCAGUCAAGCUUCAUACAUCAGGAGUUUCCACUCCCUUCUAUGCUGGGGGGAGUAUGGAUAUUAAUAUUUUUCUGGAACUACACAAUCUUGAAAAGACCCUGAAUUCCAAAGGAAGUUCUUGAAGAGUCCUUGAUAAAGAUCUUAAUUUCUGGUGCAAACCCUGUCUACAAUACAGACACUUCCGUAAUGUGACAGUUAGGCUGGUCCCUUUGCUGGUGAUUUCAUUACAAAAAGCUAUAAGUGGGUCCUGGCACUUAUCUUGUGAAAAAUCAUUUCUCAGUACAAAAAAGAAAUCAAUUAUUUUUGUUGGAGUAUUUACAUUGAAUUGCCACUGUUUGUUUGUUUAGAAUUUACUUUUGGACCUCUGUGAAAGGCAGACAAUAAAUUUUUGCUCUCUUGACGUGAGAUAAGUUUUCUAACAGACAAAAAUCACACCAACAGAGUACUCUUCAAACAUCUUCGAAUCGAUCAGUCAAUUCUUACCCUGAAUUAUUUGCCACUUUGGAGAUUUUCAUGUGUCAGAGACACUGAAUGUGUUAUGACAGUCAUGUGUUUUGGCCAUGGAGCAAUAUUUUCUAUCAGUUUAAGAAUGGCUGACUACCUGGCCUUACAUGGUAAAUACCUAAAAAAAAAACAUUGCCUUUUAUAACACGAAAAUGUAAAAUUAACAUAACAUUUUUAACUGUAUUCAUAACAUAAAUCCUAAGGCAAGACCAAGUAUGGAGGAAAACAAGUCACAUGUAGCAUCCAUGUUUUUUUGCGCAAAGAAAAAAUAUCUACACAUCUAUUUCUGGGGCUUCUUCCUCAAAUUUCAAAAUUUUCAGGGCUUGUAAGGACCAACAAGAACCAAGUUUGCUGUUUGUGCCUCAAUCCUACAACCAUUUGCAAAAAUACUUGCAACACUGUACGGUACAUGGGCUUAACUGACCUGCCCAUGAUCUUGUGCUUGUGAUCAUCCUUCUUCCCUUGUCAAAGUUGCGAGUAAUACAAGACCUUUCUCAAACCAUAGAGGAACAACUCUGAAUGAAGGGGAGGGAGGGAGGGUGUGAGUCUUAUCUCUCAUUAUGCGAUUUGUGGUUAAAAAGGCCUUUUUUUCGACAGAGUGUCUUAUCAUUUUUGCAACUGGUUUUAGCAGGAUGCAAUAUUUGCAUUGUCUGGUCAUAAAGUCCAGCUGUAUCCAUGUUUAGCCAUACAUUAUCAGAGAUGUAGCAAAGGAGAAGCUAAGCAGGCUUUCUUUUUUGUCAAGGUGGCUUUUUUACUAAGUUGCAUGUUUAAAAUUACUCCAUGUCUUUGUUUCCCAGAGCAGUUUGAGCUGGUGGUAAGCUCUUUUGUAGCAGGUGAAAUUAGCUGGCAGCUCAUUCCUGCAUUAUAAGGCAAUUCAUCACAAAGUUGAUGAAAGUCCAUAGAAAGAAGAGCUCUUAGCUAUUACAUGUAAUAGUGUAAGUCAUGUAUCUUGUAAGAUUGAGUUUUGAUGAGAUAUCUGUUUUCCUUAAAAGGUGGUAGAGGAGUUCCUGAGUAAGGACAUCAGUUGCGUUGUUACAAACAGAAAAGAUGUGGAAACAGGCUGCUCACCUCGAAGUAAUUCCACACCCAGCCCCAUCCUGUCAAUUCCAAGUCCAUUCCCAGGAAAUACCAAAAGGUAAAAACCUUUUAAUUGAAUAUAAUAUAAAUACACUAAAUGGUUCUUGGGAGUGGUAACAGAGAUGUUCUGUUUAACUCUAGCCAGCAAUAUGCCCCCUUUCUGUCUACAUGUAUAUAUAUACUGUUACAGGUUGAUUCUCAAUUUCUAAUGUCUCCUAGUCCUAGAAGAAAAAAUGCACUUUAUUUGAGUGUCAAGCAUUUGGCACAAAAGUACUAAUAAGGGACACUAUAUAGGUCUCCUACUGGAGAUGAGACUGCAUUUUACAUGGUUAUCCGAGCCACGACGAAGGUCUAGCCGCUUGCAGUGCAAAGGGAGUGAGCAUUGGUCUAGCCCUGGUAAUCGAACCUGUGACCCACCCACUCUAUACUCAAGUGCUCUUCCAACUGAGCUAAGCCUGCCCUAGUUAGAAUCAACCUAGGUUAAAAAAUUUUAUCCUGAAACCAAACUGGACCUGUAACAUAUAAAUCCCAGGGAAAGAAGGCAUUCCUAUUGCUUUCAAAUUGGGACUUGGGAGUUUGGAGAGCACUCAAGAAGCUAGAGUUGCUCUUGGACAUGCCUAGAGCACUGUGCCGUAUUUGGGCCUAAAUGGCCUGUCUAUGAUAUUGUGCUUGUGAUCCCCUUCCUCCUCUUGUCAAACUUUCUAGUAAUACAAGACCUAUUCUCAAACCCUGGAGGAACAACUCUAAAUGGAGUGGUACCCUUCUUGAGUCCACGGUUGUCAAAAGGUUUUGAAGUAGACGACUGAGUUGUCAAAGUAAGCGGCCAGUCCAGAGAUAUUUUAUUUAAAAAACACCAUCCAUAAACAAAUGCCAAGUAGAGUAGCUGGCCGAUACAAACCAAGCAGGUGGCUAUUUUUGCAAGCAGCUGGCUACUUUUGACAACCCUGAGUACCCUCCGAACUUCCUGCGUGCAUCCAUAACUCUACAUAUGCAGGCUAAGCAUGAACCAAUUAUUAAAUUUCUCUCUCUUUUUAAAAAGAUUAGCUCUGAGGUUUCGAUGGAAAUUGAAAAUCUUAGACUUAGACUGCCCUAAAUUGAUUGCCAGGUUCUACAGGUUUUGAUGCCCUCACUCCGAAUGUUCUGUGUCAAUGAAUUCAUAAUUAGGGGUAAAACAGAGUGAUGAUUUAUGUUAAUCUGGUUUACCAAUAAAUAAUAAUGAUUAUAAUGAUCAUUCGAACUUCAUCAGCAAUGAUAUUUCUCUGCAUUCACUUUUAUUCUAGCUCAUCAGCAAAGGGUUUUGCAGUACCAUCUCCUCUAAGUGCAGACUCUGCCAGCGCUGAACAGCCAGGACCACACCCUCCUAAACACAAUAUACGUGGCAAGGCCCUUGCAGCACAGGCAGCACUUACAUGCAAGCAUGGUACUAGCAAUGUCAUUGCCAAUGCAAGAAAUUGGGGUGUGGAAAUUGUAUCUCUUGAAGAGAUGCUGGAAACCUUAGAGCAGUUUGGAAGCAUUGUGAAAAAGCCCUCAUCUAGCAAACCACUUGUAACCGGACGAGUGCCAAAGCAAAGUGUUAAACCUAAGGUGCGAAAGUUGCGUGCUCCUUUCAUCAAAGUUGAGGAUCAUAGUCGUUGCUACAAGCCACUGGUCCAUGAGUUGAAGGAAUGGCCCAAGAUUUAUUUUGAUAGUCCUCUGGGAAGCUGUCCAUUUGACCCUCCAAAGGUUGAUGUGGAAAAUGAUCAUGAAGGACGAGACAAAACCAAGAGGUAAAGAACUUAAAUGACAUGUUGCAUCAAUGGAACACCAAGUGCUGUUGGAUUCAAUGCCAAUGCUCCCCCAUAUAAGGGCUGAAAAUCAGUAUUUAACAAAUUAAUAGACAACAAUUUUCCAUGUUAUUUUCUCUUGCCCUUUAAGCACAAGUAUCCAUUGCAAACAAAAUAAUUUUCCAGACUGACUCCCUUUAGGGAAUUAACCAGGGUUGUCAGAAAGUUUUGAAGUAGACGGCUGAGUUGUUAAAAUAAGCGGCCAGUCCAGGGAUAUUCUAUUUAAAGAACGCCAUCUAUAAAGAAAUACCGACCAGAGUAGCUGGCUGAUACUGACCAAGUAGGCGGCGAUUUUUGCAGUAAUUUCUGUGGCAGCUAUUAUGGCUGUUGUUUAAUGAUGCAUAUUUGUUUUAGCCUUUAUUGUGCUUUAAAACAGAAGGACUAUAUACUGUGAUACAAAUAUUUUGGAGUCUGUCUUCAGAUUAACUGUCUGGUUACAUAAAUUUAAAGGCCCAAGCAUUUUGAAUUUCAAACUCGCUUUUUUUAACUGGGACUUAUUGGUUCUGGACUGGGACUCAAGAUUUUUCACAAGAAAAGUCCCAGGACUCAGCAUAACUAUUGGUGACAAAAUCACUGCACCUGAGGGUAUAUUCUUAGGCUUAAUCUUAAAGCCAGUGUUUAUGGCAUAAUAAACAGAGCAAGGAAGAAUAAUUAUAAUGUACUGCUCAACUGCUUUUCUUUAAAUGGUGACCUUUAACCACAUAUUAAUGCAUUAUUAGUCAAUAAGGACUGUCAGCCUGUCUGGUUGCAGAAACCUGUUUCACGGGGCAUUACUAGUUGUAACUAACAGAGCUGUUUUUUAGUCACUUAACCCAUUCAAUUGCUUUGUUCUGAUCAUUCAAAUCCAAACACAUUAUGAUUUGUGCGUAUAAUGUCACAGGAAUCAAGUCAAAGAAGAUAAACACAAGAAGAAAGGAUUUUGUGAAUGCUGUUGUGUUCAUUAUGAGGAUCUAGACUUGGUGAGAAAUGUGACAAUUUUUUUUAAUUAAAAAAAUUGCGAAUUGAUACAUGAAUUCAGGCCUAAAACUGCUUUUUCGUAGUCUUAGCUCAACACUCAGCUUAGUAAGAUUGUCUUUUUAUGAAGUGUGACAAGCAUUUGUUGUUGUUUCCAUGUAGCACCUACAAAGUGAUCGGCACCAGUCCUUUGCUAGAGAUCCAUCAAACUAUCGUAGUUUAGAUGAGUUGAUCAAAAAAGGCCCAAGCUUGCAGGACUUCCUGGAGAAAAUGUUACUAAAACAUGAACAGAAGCAGAAAGAACAACAAGCAAAAAAGACGAGGUGAAUACUGUAAAAAUAUAUAGCAUCUAUCUAGCUGGAAUUUUUUUUUUAAAUAUAACGCCAAAUAGACCUUUUUGGUGAAGUAGUCUCUUUUUUCGUUCAAAAACUAUCUCCAACUUAGCCAUUAAUAAAAUUAAAAGUGCAAUCUUUAUUUUCUCUUCUCCCCUUUUCUUUCUCUUCGCUCUUUUUAUUUUUCCCUUUCUUUUCCUUCGUUAGUGUGAUUUUUGGGCCUUUUGCCCCUUUUCCACUCAAAUGGCCGUAAAUUUCUCCAGUUCACAAAAAUCCGGCUGCAUAUACAUGUAUAAGACGAGUAACAUGCAAGUGAAGUAAUAUCCCUGUAAGAGCAUGAUGAACCCUUAAUGAUUCUGAGAGUAAUCACUGACUUUCUGAAUCAGAAGGAAAGAAACGAAAGGAUUCUUUACGAUUAAAACUGCAUUACGAUUCUCUCACAAAAACAACUACUCACUGGUUUUUUUUUAUCCAUACAUGUACUAUUUGUGUUUUAGGCAUACUUUUACCGCUUUUGUAAAAAAUAUCUCCUUUCUCCUUUCAGAAAUGAAUUGACAACUGCAGAAAAAUCCGUGGUUGAAAACGAAAAUAAAACCCCAACGAAACAUAACACGCCAGACAUCUCACCGGAUAGCCAAACGCCUGCCGACCACACCCCAGACAAAAACAACGAGUGCUAUACACCCACCAACCCCUCCCCACGUAAUACAAAUAGAUGUCAAACAUUUACUAACCACUCCUCCCCGGAGAAAAAGUCAAGUGAUGAUGAUACGCCAGCUAGAGUGUUGAGAUCAGGGAGCGCGAAAUCUGACACCUCGAUUGCCGAAAAGCGAAGCUCACGGAGCAGCCCAAGAACCACAAAUGCUUUGAAGGAAAAGAAAAACGAGGAACUCUGUACUACAGAACAAAAGUUUGUAAAAACGAAAGGGCUUAAUUUGGACAAAUCAGGUAAUAAAUCACCCAAAAAACGAGCGCGUCCUGCUAAAACGCCUUCGACGUUAUCUAGCCCCGUUGCGGGACGUUCCAACAGCGAUGAGCCUGCUUCUGGUGUUCAGGAAGAGCAAAACAGCCAUGUGCCUGCAAAGACAACGCUUAAAAAGAAGUCACCAAACCGAGAAAAUCAAGCAGACGCUGCGGAAGCAUGCUUGAAAACUCAAACACGUCAAUCAGAUUCUUCUGGUGACAGCAGCAGCAAAGAAAAUCAAGAUCCUGAUGCUCCGGUUGAUUAUUCAGUAGAGACGGCCGAUUAUGAAGAACACAUGGGACGAUCGAUGCUUCGAUCUAAGACGAUUCUUGACGACCACCAACUGCACCUCAACGGAGAUUACGUCGAACACGAGAGUCGUGUCGAAGCUAAAACUGUUGAGGAAGGAGAGUUAAAUCAAGAUGUGGAAAUGGCUUGUUCUAAAAAAUCAAGUCUUAGAUCUGCGACAAAGUUGAGUCCUGCUCACGAAUUAACAAAUAUAAGCUUACCAGCAACAGAUGAAGAAAUCACUAAUGCGGAAGCGCAAAAACAAAGCCCUGAAAUACCGAGCGGUUGUUCUGCUGAAAAAAUGAGUCCAGCUCGAGAGUUAAGGAACCUUAAAUCGCCAACAGAGAUGGAAGAAGGGAACUCUUUGGAGUUGGAAAAGGGAAGCCCUAGACGAAGGAGUCUUAGAUCUGCUUUGAAAGUCAGCCCCACUGGAAAAUUGAAGAGUUCUGAAUCACUAAAAGAGAAGGAAAAACAUCAGAGCCCCAUCAAAGAUGACUGUGGACAAGAACGUGAAAAGUCAAGAACCGAGACUCUUAGUUCUUUCUCAAAAAUGAGUCCUGCCAAAGAUUUAAAGAUCACUGAAUCGCCCACUAGGGAGGAAGAGAGGAGUGCUGAGGUUGUGGAAAAGGGAAGCCUCAGAAGAUCAAGCCUUAGAUCUGAUACAAAGUUUAGACCUUUUGAUGGAUUAAAAAGUCCUAAGUCGCCCAAAUCAGUAGAAGAGACCAGUGUAGUGGAAGAAAACUUACAAAGAACCACUCGAUCACGAACUCAAUUUUCAUCGAAGACAAGUAGCCAGUCCUUAGGUGAUAGCACUAUCCUGAGUACAACGAAAGCAAGUAAAAUGUCCUUGAAUGAUAGCACAGUAGAAAAUACCUUUUCUUCGACGCAGAUGACUGAUGGCUCAAAUUUUGCAGAAAUCACAGAAAGUAGUGUUUCUUCUCAAGUUGCGGAGGUUUCCACAGACAAAGAAAAGCCAGCGUUUAACGCGGAUAAAAGGCAGACGAAUCCCCGCAUUCAAGAAAACGUGAGUGCGAGGGAUACAUUUCCCUUAAGAGGAGGCAAGACAGUAGCAUACAAAAGCCAGUCAGACAGCCAAAGUCCCCAAUUUCGUUCCUGUGGCCCCGAAGUUGUCACUCAUGUUAAGGUGCAGUUGCAAGACUGUCGCCGAAUGUGCGUUGGUCGCAACAGACCUGUACUGGAAAGACAAUCCGAUGAAUCAGAAACUGAGAGCAUUCAGUGGUCGAGUGAGGAGAACUAUUCGCAAACUAAAGACAUGCCCAAUAAUGGCACGUCUUCGGGCGAAGAGGGGGAAGAGAUCUCUAGUACACCUACCCUGGACCCUUGCCCUUCAUCUCCAAGUUCGGAGAAGUCAGGAUACUCCGAUGAAAGGGGCGGAUACAGUUUGCGAAAACGUGCUGAACGACAACAAGAAGAGAAAACAGGCGUCACCAGAAGGACACGAUCAAACUACAAAAUUUCCAGUGAGGAGUUACAAAAGGCUGGCACUGUUGCUCGUGAACGCAGGAAAACGGUUCCUUUUCCUUAUACAAGCGUCAGGACGAAGAGUCCAAAGCAAAGAUGUAAUUCUCUCCGAACCCUUGGGAAUAGCACACCAGAAAAGAAAAAGGUCAAAAAGAGUAAAGCCAUGAAAAACCCACUAAAUGAAAGUCCUCAAAGAAAGGUCCCAAGAAAAGAGCCCUCGUCUGAAUCCGAAUCCAACGUCUCCUCUGAGAGCCCUCGUAGCGGGCCCAUUCGUGAAGCAAGAGACAGGCUGACGCCUUUGGCUGUUUGUAACUUGAGUACAGCGAGCUUUGACAGGGAAAAUACAGAAGCUCUUUCACUGUUAUCAGAAACGACCGCUUCAUUUGGAAAUCUUUCGACAGUCGCUAUUUGCGGGACACCCCGUCACUCGAAUCCCGCGGACUUAAAACGUGUGGGUCAUUGCCCGAAAACUGGUGAAACGUUGCUGUCAGAAACGGAACUCUUGAAGCAAGAGGGGUCUCAAUCAGCUACUUUUUUGGAUAAAGAUCGCCCUAUGGAGCCUAAAUUUUCUCGCUUGUUUGAUUCAGAUGACGAGCCCGAAGACUUCUACGGUUUCCCUGUACCACAGUUUGACAGGUCGUUUUCGUCAGAAGGAGAUCUAAGUUAUAAAAUAAAUUCUAUAGUGGAAAGCAUGAGUCAGGUAGACGAAGGUCAAGGUACUAUAGAUGACGUUGAAAAUGUCACCAUACAAAAGGAUGACACUGAAACUGAAAUUAGCGAAAAUGAACAAGAAAACGGUACCAAAACCAUUGACGAAAGGGAGAUCAUCAGGCAAGAAAGAAUUUACGAGAAAGUUGUCGAACCAAGAACCUCAAAAGUCUAUGAAAGGAAGGUGACACGAAAAAGAAAAUCAGUCAGUCCUAUUGAAAGUGUCAUUGCUGAUUUAGAGAGGGUUCAGUCUUAUUCCAGAUGCGAAGGACAAAGAGUCGGUGGUUUUUCUGCGGAUGAUUCUUCCUUUGUGGAAGAUGUUGAUGAAGAUGACGACGUGUUCAGUGCAGUGUCUGACAGCAGUGAAGGAGAAGAGGAUGAAGUGUCAUCACCGCUCAGCAUCACUUCCUGGAGAAAGAAACGGAAGUCUGAAGACCUCCAACCGGAAAUUAACAGGCCAGCGAAAAGAAGAAGGCCUCAAGAGCGAUGGAGUGAGCUGUCUCUGGCUGAGUCAUCCGUCAGAAGUUCCAUGUCUGAAACUCCCGUAAAAUCUAAACCAGGAGUAGGACAGAUACGGAAGAAAAUUGGUAAUAAGCAGCCGUCAGGUUUAAAGUCAAAACUUGAUGAAAUGCUGGAGAAAGGGAACAAAAAACGAGUUAAAUCUCUGUCCUCAAUUAGUGAGUUCUACGAUAUUGACGAGCCAGUUUUCCAAACGCUUGAAGAACGCGUUAAACUUCGACGACUUAGGAAGAUCUCUCGUAAAGCGCGAGAAAGUUCCUCGUCAUCUGAGCAAAAUCAGAACAUCGACACGCCAAGAAAAUCAGAAGCGAAGACCAAACCUUCUACGCCUAAACAAGAUACAUCACAAAAGGAGGUCAUGCGAUUACAAACGGCGUCGCCUAGAACGGACAGUUCGUCCAAGGCAAAGAGUGUUGCCCCUCUUCGAUCAUCUUCGAGGCUUAACCGAGCAAAAAGUUCUUCUGGUGUGAGCGAGUCACCGCUUACUGCUCUUUCUGGGAAACCGCGAAGAUCUACGUGGAUUGAUGACUUAAGCGCGUUUGCAUCGCCGCCCUUGGAACUUCCAGGCGUUCGUAGAAAACGCUUUCGAUGCUCUACGCCUGCUUCGGCAGAUCAUCCUAAACAUUCUCUGAGGCUGCGAGUAAGAGACAAAGUGGAAUCACGGAACGCAAAGCAAAAAGAUCCGUUUGCCUUUGACGAGUAG